AAGUCUCUCUCCCUCUCUCUCUUCUUUAUCUUCUCUUUCGCAGUCUUCGAAUUCAAACCCUAGAAAUCCUCGGAUUUGGAGCUGAUAUAAACCCUAGAGCCCUAGAAUUCGUCGGUUCUCUUUGUGUAGGUGUUUCUGAGCUGUUUAAGCUCAGAUUUGAACUUCAACUUUCUUAAUUUGGGCUGUUUCUGGUUCUGAUUUGGCUGGAAUUCGGUUUUGUUAUACUUCUGGUUCUUGGGGGUCCAGGCUCCAGAGAUCGGUUUUCUGGCUGCGGAUUUGAGGUCGGCAGAGAUGUCGUCUUUGAGUAGAGAAUUGGUUUUUCUUAUACUCCAGUUCCUGGAGGAAGAAAAGUUUAAAGAAUCUGUUCACAGGCUUGAAAAAGAAUCAGGGUUUUUCUUCAACAUGAAGUUCUUUGAGGAGAAAGUUCAGGCUGGAGAAUGGGAAGAAGUUGAGAAGUAUUUAUCUGGUUUUACCAAAGUUGAUGAUAACAGAUAUUCCAUGAAGAUAUUCUUUGAGAUAAGGAAGCAGAAGUAUCUUGAAGCACUUGAUCGGCAAGACAAGGCAAAGGCUGUUGAAAUACUGGUGAAUGAUUUGAAGGUGUUCUCAACAUUUAAUGAGGAAUUGUACAAAGAAAUCACUCAACUUUUAACUCUAAACAAUUUCAGGGAAAAUGAGCAGCUAUCCAAAUAUGGUGAUACUAAAACAGCUCGCAGUAUAAUGUUGAUAGAGCUGAAAAAACUCAUUGAAGCAAAUCCACUUUUCCGUGAUAAGCUUGUUUUCCCUACCUUGAAGUCUUCUAGAUUGCGGACUCUUAUCAAUCAAAGCUUGAACUGGCAGCACCAGCUAUGUAAGAACCCCAGGCCAAAUCCAGACAUCAAGACUUUAUUUACAGAUCACUCAUGCACACCUCCAAAUGGUCCACUUGCACCAACACCUGUCAACCUUCCAGUUGCUGCAGUUGCAAAGCCUGCUGCUUAUACAUCUCUUGGAGCUCAUGGUCCCUUUCCACCAACGGCUGCAGCAGCAGUAGCAGGUAAUGCUGGUGCUUUAGCAGGUUGGAUGGCCAAUGCUUCUGCGUCUUCAUCUGUUCAAGCUGCUGUUGUUACUGCAUCAUCCAUUCCUGUCCCACAAAAUCAAGUGCCAGUAUUGAAACGACCAAGAACUCCCCCAGGAGCACCUGGCAUGGUUGAUUAUCAGAGCCCAGAUCAUGAACUAAUGAAACGCUUGCGGCCUGCUCCAUCGAUAGAGGAGGUUACAUAUCCAACAGCAAGACAGCAAGCUUGGUCACCUGAUGACCUGCCACGAACUGUAGCUUUUCCCAUACAUCAAGGAUCCACUGUGACAAGCAUGGAUUUCCAUCCUUUUCACCAUACACUGCUUCUUGUCGGUUCUAAUAAUGGUGAAAUUACCCUCUGGGAAUUGGGGCUGCGGGAGAGGUUGGUUCCAAAGCCAUUCAAGGUUUGGGAUAUGGCAACCGGUACACUGCCAUUUCAGGCUCCACCAAUAUCCGUCAGCCGUGUCACAUGGAGUCCGGAUGGGAAUUUUGUUGGGGUUGCAUUUACUAAACAGUUAGUUCAUUUGUAUGCUUAUCAUCAUGGAUCAAAUGAUCUACGUCAGCAACUAGAGAUUGAUGCCCAUGUUGGAGGUGUAAAUGACUUGGCUUUUGCUCAUCCAAACAAACAACUUUGUGUGGUUACUUGUGGGGAUGACAAGCUAAUAAAGGUGUGGGACUUAAAUGGACGGAGGCUGUUCAAUUUUGAAGGCCAUGAUGCAGCAGUAUAUUCUAUCUGUCCACAUCAUAAAGAGAGUAUUCAGUUCAUAUUCUCUACUGCUGUUGAUGGGAAAAUCAAGGCUUGGUUGUAUGACAAUAUGGGUUCCAGAGUUGACUAUGAUGCUCCUGGUCAUUGUUGUACGACAAUGCUUUACAGUGCUGAUGGAAAUAGAUUGUUCUCUUGUGGAACAAGUAAAGAAGGAGAGUCAUAUCUAGUUGAGUGGAAUGAAAGUGAAGGAACAAUUAAGAGGAGUUACAAUGGGUUUAGAAAGAAAUCAAAUGGUGUGGUUUCAUUCGACACAACACAAAAUCACUUUUUAGCUGCAGCUGAAGAUAGCCAGAUAAAAUUUUGGGAUAUGGACAGUGUCAAUCUUCUUGCCGCUACAGAUGCUGACGGUGGACUUCCGAGUCUUCCCCGCUUGAGAUUCAAUAAGGAAGGAAAUCUACUAGCUGUUACUACAGCUGACAAUGGAUUCAAAAUACUUGCAAAUGCUGUUGGUCUCAGAUCUUUAAGAGUAAUCGAGACACCACCUUUUGAAGCAUUGAGAACACCCAUUGAUUCUGCUGUAAUUAAGGUUUCUGGUACUUCUGCAGUUCCUAGUGUAGGUCCUGUCAGUUGUAAAGUGGAAAGGAGCUCUCCUGUUAGGCCUUCUGCAGUACUGAAUGGAGUGGAUCCCAUGGGAAGAAGUGUUGAAAAGCCAAGAAUUUUGGAUGAUGCAAUGGACAAGGCAAAACCCUGGCAGUUGGCUGAAAUUGUAGACCCUCUUCAGUGUCGUUUAGUUACUUUGCCUGAAAGCACAGAUGCUUCUAGUAAGGUUGUUCGGCUUCUAUAUACGAAUUCUGGUGUUGGCAUUUUGGCACUUGGGUCAAAUGGUGUUCAGAAGCUGUGGAAGUGGCCUCGAAAUGAACAGAAUCCAAAUGGAAAGGCCACUGCCAGUGUUGUGCCACAACAUUGGCAACCGAACAGUGGUCUUCUUAUGAAUAAUGAUGUCACAGGUGUCAAUCUUGAAGAAGCAGUCCCAUGCAUUGCACUCUCAAAGAAUGACUCAUAUGUAAUGUCAGCUACAGGUGGAAAAGUUUCAUUGUUCAACAUGAUGACUUUCAAGGUGAUGACAACAUUCAUGGCUCCUCCUCCAGCUUCAACCUUCCUAGCAUUCCAUCCCCAGGAUAAUAAUAUCAUAGCUAUUGGAAUGGAGGAUUCGACCAUACACAUUUACAAUGUUAGGGUGGAUGAGGUGAAAUCAAAAUUGAAGGGUCAUCAAAAGAGAAUUACUGGUUUGGCCUUUUCAACCAGUCUUAAUAUUUUGGUUUCUUCUGGUGCUGAUGCUCAACUGUGUGUGUGGAACAUUGAUACCUGGGAGAAGAGAAAGUCGGUUAUGAUACAAAUUCCAGCAGGAAAGGCACCUACUGGCGAUACACGAGUACAAUUUCACAUGGAUCAAAUCCGUAUGCUGGUAGUUCAUGAGACUCAGCUAGCUAUAUAUGAUGCAUCCAAAAUGGAGCGUAUUAGACAGUGGAUCCCACAAGAUGGUCUGUCAGCACCAAUUUCAUAUGCAGCAUACUCUUGCAAUAGCCAAUUGAUUUAUGCUACAUUCUGUGAUGGUAGCAUUGGUGUGUUUGAUGCUGAUACCUUGAGACUUAGAUGCCGUGUUGCUCCAACAGCAUACUUAUCCCAGGCCAUCUUAAGCGGAAGCCAAGCUGUAUACCCUCUUGUUGUUGCCGCACAUCCACAGGAUCCAAACCAAUUUGCCAUUGGAUUGACUGAUGGAUCUGUCAAGGUGAUGGAGCCAACAGAGUCUGAGGGGAAGUGGGGGGUGAGUCCACCUAUUGAUAAUGGAAUUCUGAGCGGCAGAACAACUUCAUCAUCAACCACAAGCAACCACACACCAGAACAAUUACAAAGAUGAGAUAUUUUUAAAUCUCAUGCCUAAAUUAUGUAGAUUUAUUUAGGUUUUCAAUCUUCAUAUGUAUGUCUGUGUCAAAGCUAAGCUUGGAAAGAUCAGUGUAUUUACUUACAUUUCUAGUUAACCAUAUUUAAUUAUUCUUCAGUUCUCUUACCUUCUUCUCUGUGAGACUGGCUUGUGCCUGGAAAAGUGGAAAUGCUUACUGUAUUUGAUGUUUCUUAUUAUUUUAUUUAAUAAACUCAAUUAUGAUUU